AGCAGAGCUGGUGUAUAUGGUUGAGUGUGUGCGUGUGAAUUUAAUUAGUGGAUACGUUAAAAUAAUUCAUAAUAAUCAUGCCACCAACCCCCAGUGGUAAGGCAGUAAAAAAAGCUGGUAAAGCACAGAAAGCUGUUCGUGCAGGGGACAAGAAAAAGAGGCGAAAAAAAAGGAAAGAGAGCUUUAGCAUAUAUGUAUAUAAAGUACUGAAGCAAGUGCAUCCUGAUACUGGCAUUUCAAGUAAAGCCAUGUCAAUAAUGAAUAGUUUUGUGAAUGAUAUAUUUGAGCGAAUUGCUGCUGAGGCUUCUCGCCUGGCUCAUUACAAUAAGAGAUCGACCAUUACAAGUCGGGAAAUACAGACUGCAGUCCGCCUUCUGCUUCCCGGAGAGCUAGCCAAACACGCCGUAUCGGAAGGCACCAAGGCUGUUACUAAGUAUACAAGUUCGAAGUAGUUCUACUACGAGUAAUGAAAGGAAGGAAGAAUGUGUUUAUGUAAUUCCUGUUUAAAAGGAACGUGCGAUAUUUAAGAUUAUACCAUCUCAUUAAGUAGUGUUAGGUUGUGAUCACUUUUUGAAAUUUUAGUUAGUAAAUUUUAUCGUUUUCGUUGUGUGAAACUAUCUUUAAGUAUGUAAAAUACAAAAACUUUGGUCUUGCCACAUAAUAUACUUAAAUAGAAAAUCAACCUACUAGUAGUACUCUGUUGUAAUUUAUCAUCAACAGGGAAGUGUUGGUUAUCAGUAUCGUGUAUGAAAAUUCUAUUAACAAGUCAGUUUUCACAAACGAAAAUUCUGCAUACUCGUAAUUUAUUCAAGCAACCAAAAUAUGUAUGGGUAAAAUAGAAAUAGUUAGUAACUGUAUUUUAAUCUUUUCUCGGAUUUCGGCGUAAAAUGCGUGAUUUCCGGAAUGUGUGGUGAAAUGUAUCUAGAAUUGGCAAAUGUAUAUGUAAUUGUGUAUAUUAUUUAUACUAUCGAUAUGAAUUAUAAUCCAGUAAUGUAGGUUUGUAUAUUAUCAAACGUAAUUCUGUAAUAUUCGUCUCUUUGAGUUAAGUAAUACUAAUAGUAAGUUUUACAGGUUUCUUACUUUUACCUUAGGCUUUUAAAUGUGCAUUUUCACUAUUGCAAUUCUGGUCAGUAAGGGCAAGUUAUAUUUUUUGACUAAAAGGAUCACAUAAACUAGAAUUUGUAUUUGUGAUGCGUUAUUGAUGUUAUGUAAUAGCCAAAAUAUUUGUCAGUGGAUUAGCACGACUGUUCAAUACAAUCUACUCGUAAUAGUAGGUAGAUUUGUAUUAGGUUUACAAAAGAUCUAUAAUCUAGAAAGAGAUUGAAGAAAGUUGCAGUAUUGUUUAGUUAUUCAAUUUAAUUUGUUGUUCCUCUUGAAACCGGCGAUCGGUGUGUGUGUGUGUGUGUGUGGUGUAUUUGAAUGUUCUUUUAUAAAUAAAUACCGUUGUGAAAAGUCAUGUAAUGCAUAUGUAAAUAUGUUGUCAAAAUUUACGUAAAUCAAAUAAUGCAAGUUUUUAAAAUUUACUUUAGUUAAUGUUCUGUCAAGUCGAUUUCAGAAUAAAGGAGUAAAAUGCUUUUUACGGUA